GAUGUUUUGAUUUUUCCACAGGGGCAGGAGACGACAGGCUGCCCCCAAAGCCCCAGGCCCGAGCCUCCCAUCUCUGGUGGCCGCGCCAUCCGCCCGAGGCCUCCUGCCCGGACUCCGAGGGCAGAGCUCCGCAGCCGGCCCGGGGUCCGUUCCCGGCGACCCGCCGCCGUCUCCGUGUCGGCCGCCCGGGCCUGGCCCCAUGUGAGAGAUGGCCAACGCUGAAGUGAGCGUCCCCGUGGGCGACGUGGUCGUUGUGCCCGCUGCCGGGAACGAGGGCGAAAACCCCGAGGACACCAAGACCCAAGUCAUCCUGCAGCUGCAGCCCGUUCCCCAGGGGAUUUACAGCGAAGGCUCGGAGCCCGGGACAGCGGUCGUGGCCGUAGAGACCCACACGAUCCACAAAAUCGAGGGCGAGAUUGACGCCAGCUCCAUCGAGACCCACGAGGAGCUGGAGAUCGCUUACCCCAUCACCUGUGGAGAGAGCAAGGCCAUCCUCCUCUGGAAGAAGUUUGUGUGUCCCGGGAUCAACGUCAAGUGCGUCAAGUUCAAUGACCAACUGAUCAGCCCCAAGCACUUUGUCCACUUGGCGGGCAAAUCCACGCUAAAGGACUGGAAGAGAGCGAUCCGCCUAGGGGGGAUCAUGCUGAGGAAGAUGAUGGAUUCCGGUCAGAUUGACUUUUACCAGCAUGACAAGGUUUGCACCAAUACCUGCCGGAGCACCAAGUUUGACCUUCUGAUCAGCAGUGCCAGAGCUCCAGUGCCCGGGCAGCAGGCCAGCGUGGGGCCAGCACCCCCCACGGCCGAUGGGAGCAUCACCCAGAUCGCCAUCUCCGAGGAGAGCAUGGAGGAGGCGGGGCUGGAGUGGAACUCGGCCCUCACGGCCGCCGUCACCAUGGCCACCGAGGACGGCGGCAAGCGAGACCCGGAGGAGAUUUCAGAGGACACGCUAAUGUUCUGGAAGGGUAUAGCGGAUGUGGGGCUGAUGGAGGAAGUCGUCUGCAACAUCCAAAAGGAGAUCGAGGAGCUGCUGCGGGGGGUCCAGCAGAGACUCAUCCAGUCUCCCUUCCAGGUUACAGACGCCGCCAUGCUCAACAACGUGGCCCACACCUUCGGCCUGAUGGACUCCAUCAAGAAAGUGGUGGAUGAACGGAAAAGCCAGAUGGAGCACGGAGAGGAACAGCUGCUGUACACCCUGACCGAGCUGGAGAACCAGCUGGAGGAGCAGAAGAAACAGGCCCAAGAGCAGAGGCUGAAGCCGCAGCUGGUCCAGAACGUGGUCCUCAUGCCCGUCAGCACGGCCAAAGCCCCCAAGAGACCCCGCCUCCAGCGCCCGGCCUCCACCACGGUGCUCAGCGCCUCACCGCCCGGCCAGCAGCCGCAGUUCACGGUCAUCUCGCCCAUCGCCAUCGCCCCCGUGGCGCAGUCCUUCUCCGUGGGCAACCUGCCCGUGGCCACGCUGAGCCAGGGCUCCAGCCCCGUGACCGUCCACACCCUGCCCUCCGGCUCCCAGCUGUUCCGCUACGCCACCAUGGUCUCGGCCGCCAAGGCCGGCUCGGCCGACGCGCUGACCAUCCACCCCUCGUCCAGCCUGGCCCUGCUCAGCUCGGCCGCCGUGCAGGACGGCGGGGCGCUGGGCGGCGUGGCCGCGGUGGUGAACCCCGUGGAGCUGGUGGCCAUGGAGUCGGGCCUGACCUCGGCCAUCCAGGCGGUGGAGGGCACCAUGGAGGACGGCCAGACCAUCAUCGAGAUCGACCCGGCGCCCGACCCCGAGGCCGAGGGGGCGCAGGGCAAGGCCCUCAUCCUGGAGACCGAGCUGAGGACUGAGGAGAAGGUGGUGGCCGAAGUGGACGAGCACCAGCACCAGGUCCACAACGUGGAGAUUGUGGUCUUGGAGGACUAGCCUCCCGGGCGGGGGCCCGGGGCCGGCCGGCCGGCGGUGCCCCUCUGGUCGCUCGUCUGCCCGGGUGCCGCUGUCCCGGUCCCACCAGGAGCCACUUCUUUUUGUUCUUCUUGUUGAAUUAAAACAAACGGGAUGGACUCUGGAGCGGGACCGGACCCGCAGGACCCCCGUGCCGGGCAGGUGGAUCCUGCCCCCUUGCAGGGGACGACGGGGGACCGUCCCGCCCCCGGGGCCCCUGCCUAGGACUCCCUGGGAGGGAGCGACUUUGCCCCGCGUCCUUCGGCACCGGCGGGAUAUUGGAAUUUCCUCUCCCCUUCCACGGCGGAGAUGGGCCACCCCGACGACGGGAGCUUCGUCCGGCCCUGCCUGCCCACCUGCCCGCCCCGGUCGGGGAACGACGCCCCACGGACACUUCGGGCCCGGCCACCGCCGAGGGCCCCUCCUGAGGGCAGGCCGGCUCGGGGCUUGGGUCCGUCCCCCCUUCCCCGCUGCCGUGGGGUCGGGAAUGACAGCCGCAUGCCGGCAUGCCGGCCCUGGGACCCGGGCCCGGGCCGCGGAGGACUGGAUUUUAACGCCAUCGUUGGAGGGCGAGGGUGGGGAGGGGCUGCUUGACCAGCGUGUUAAGUUUUAAAAAGCACACACUCUGGACUGGGCGGGCGGACUUCUUUUUUAAUUAAAGAGGGAACGUGACCCGCA